AUGACUGCUGACCAUUCUAGAGACCCCUGCCCGCUCGUGGUGCUGAGCGACUUUGGAGGUGCGUUCGCCAUGGGUGUCAUCGGUGGGUGUGUGUGGCACGGUAUCAAGGGCUUCAGAAACUCGCCGCUUGGGGAGCGGGGAUCCGGGGCGAUGAGUGCGUUAAAGGCUCGGGCGCCGGUUGUUGGAGGUAACUUCGGUGUCUGGGGUGGGCUGUUCUCUACGUUCGACUGUGCGGUCAAGGCCGUGCGCAAGAGAGAGGACCCCUGGAACGCUAUCAUUGCUGGGUUCUUCACGGGUGGCGCGCUGGCCAUCAGAGGCGGGUGGAAGCAUACGCGCAACAGUGCGAUCACGUGCGCGGCGCUGUUGGGUGUCUUUGAGGGUGUCGGGCUGAUGUUCCAGCGCUAUUCUGCUUGGCAAGCCAAGCCGAUGGCGCCGCCGCUGCCCGACCAGCCGCAGCCCAUGCAAGCCUAA